AUGUCGUGGCAGAGGGAGAAUGGUCUGCAGAUUCAGCAAUCAGUCCACGACUCGAUGGCCCCUGGAAGUGUCCCGAAGAAAGCCCUUUCACGAGAGCUCUACACCCUCAAGUUCUGUAUUGCUAACGUAAGGAAGUGCAUCAAAAACGAACUGAAGAAUGUACUUGACGACCGAAAACUAUGA